UCUAAUCAACAUCCUCAAAUUAAAAUAGCGCGCGAAAGAAUAUACUGUCUCCAAAUUGAAAGGAAGAAGGAGAUCGACAGAUGAGAAGUGUCCUUACGAACAAUGCACAUUCCCACUUUAUUCAAACAACAAUUCUGUUCGUUAGCCAACCCAGCAAGAUUACUGGAAGUUGGCAAUAUCUGUCUCACCCCAUCAACUCACUUGGACUCCUCUCUGUUUAUGAAAAUCUUGCAACUCUGCAUCGAAACAAAAGCCUCAAAACACGGUUGUUUGGUUCACAGCCACAUUAUAAGAAAUGGAUUGCAUUCAAGCCUCCACUUAAGCACCAAAUUGAUUAUCUUCUAUUCAAAACUGGGCGAUACAAAUAACGCUCGCAGGGUGUUUGAUAGAAUGUCUGCAAGAAAUGUGGUGACAUGGACAGCUCAAAUUUCUGGGUAUACACAAAAUGGAUAUUAUCAAGAUGCAUUGUUAUUUUUUAGAGAAAUGGGUCGAGCAGGAGCUAGAGCCAAUCAGUUUACUUAUGGGAGCGUUUUGAGGGCUUGUACAGGUUUGAGGUGUGUAGAGAGAGGGAUGCAAAUACAAGGAUGCAUACAGAAAAGUAGGUUUCUUGGCAAUGUUUUUGUGCAAAGUGCAUUGAUUGAUCUGCACUCCAAGUGUGGAAACAUGGAGGAUGCUUGCUAUUUAUUUGGAAUGAUGUCUGAGAGGGAUGUUGUUUCCUGGAAUGCAAUGAUUGGUGGAUAUGCUGUUCAGGGUUUUUCUGAUGAUUCAUUUCGAAUGUUUCAUUCAAUGAUGAGAGAAGGUGUGAUCCCUGAUUGUUUCACAAUGGGAAGUGUUUUAAAGGCAUGCAGUAGGGUUACUGACCUCAUCAAAGUCUGCCAAAUACAUGGAAUUAUCAUUCGACAAGGAUUUGGAUCUCACAUUUAUUUGAAUGGUUCACUAAUUGAUGCAUAUGCAAAAUGCAAAAGCAUAAAAAGUGCUCAGGAUUUAUACAAGAGCAUGCUAAAGAAAGAUGUAAUAUCUUUUACAGCUCUAAUGACUGGAUAUGCACGUGACAGUAACUAUAGCAGGGAGGCCUUAGAACUCUUACGAGAAAUUCAGCAGAUACACAUGGAGAUAGAUGAUGUUACCUUAUGCACUAUGCUUAAUAUAUGUGCUGAUGCAGCAUCCCUGGACAUGGGAAGACAAAUACAUGCUCUUGCUUUAAAAUAUAAACCCAAUUAUGAUGUUGCCAUGGGCAAUGCUUUGGUUGAUAUGUAUGCAAAAUCGGGAGAAAUUGAAGAUGCUACCCGAGCUUUUUAUGACAUAAAGGAGAAAAAUGUGAUUUCAUGGACUUCAUUGAUUACUGGAUAUGGAAAGCAUGGAUAUGGACAUGAAGCACUUGCUUUAUACAAGAAGAUGGAAUGUGAAGGUUUAAAACCAAAUGAUAUUACAUUCUUGUCUCUUCUUUUUGCUUGCAGUCAUUCAGGAAUGACUCGUGAGGGUUGGGAAUGCUUUAAUAAUAUGAUUAACAAAUAUGAUAUCCUACCACGAACUGAGCAUUUUUCUUGUAUUGUUGAUCUCUUUGCACGUGGAGGGCAGUUGGAAGCAGCUUAUAAUAUGAUAUGCAAAAUGGAUAUUAAGCCUAAUGCCUCAUUGUGGGGUGCCAUUCUGGGGGCAUGCAGUAUCUAUGGCAAUAUUUCUCUUGGAGAAGUGGCAGCUACUCAUCUUUUUAACAUUGAUCCUGAAAAUCCAGCAAAUUAUGUUGUUUUAUCGAGCUUAUAUGCUGCAGCUGGUGCAUGGGACAAUGCUUGCAAGAUGAGAAACUUAAUGGAAGAGAGAAGUUUGACAAAGAUUCCUGGAUAUAGCUUUGUACAAUCUACAAAGAAGAACAUGGCACUUUUACAGCCAAUUUGAAAAACAACAAGAUCUGCCAUAAUUUUCUUUUGAUAGAUUGGAAAUUCUGUGUCAAACAGUUCAUCUUGAUCAGAUGAAAAUGGUGGGAGAAAGUUCUUAUCUCAAUAAUUGAGUUAAACUAGAGCUCCUGGUUCACAUUCAAAUGCUUCUAGUCUUCUCAACUCAGUUCAGGCAUCUUCCAUUUGUCUCCAGUGCAGCUGCAGACCAGAGCUGGAAUUACAUAGGCUGAUGUUUGCUUCUAAUCAAUGAGAAUGUGGAUUGCAAGCUGCUUCUUUGUGCCUCUAUGUCUAAUCAGGAUACUUAUCGCCUUCAUGACGAAAUGGUUCAUCGAUGCAAAUUUUUCUUAUGAAGUGACUGGGUGCACAAGUUGUGUGCUUUUUCAGAAAAGCACAUGUAACUCAAAUUUACUAGAUAUGAGAAGGAAGAGGAAAAUGAUCUGAUAAGUGAUAACAGUUGAAGGGUUGGGAAAAAUGCACUGCUAAUGAAGUGAUGGUAUGAAGUUUAAGACAGCGAGAUGGAUGCAUAAAAUUUGAACACUUCAAGAAAUAACGACUUGAAGAAAAACAAGACCUGCAGCGUGAAUUGCAGUUUGUUGCUUUUUGAGAUUAUUUUGAGUUAGCUAGUUUUAACUUUUAAGGUCAGAGGCAUUUGCAGUUUACAACCCUUUUGAGGUCGACGUCAUGUCGUUUGAACAAGGAUGACUUGUUUGUUUUCCGUGGAUUGUGAAGUAAGUCCAGCAAUAAAAUUGCAACUCUCUUUUCAAUAUUGCAUUUGUUUGAACCUCUUUGAUCAAUUAAUCAUUCAAUUUGAUCUUUGCCAUUAA